GUUGGAUAUGCUUCAAGGCCCUUGCAGAAGAAACAAAGGCAGUGAUUAAUUUUUGGCUCCCCACUCCUUAUAAUUUGGAUCUUAUAUUUCUGGGCCAUGAUCAUAAGCAAAUAUCAAGUAGCAUGUAUGAUGUUGUAUUCAGUAUUAUUAAUUUAAAAAAGAACAGAAAAAUUCUCUCAAACUUCUACUGCCAGUGGGUUUUAUAUGUUAUAUACGCAGUACACAGGUAUUCAGUUUUGGUAAUAGACAAUUGAUUGUGAUCGGAACCACUAGUCGAAAGUUGAU